GGGAUUCUCCCCCAGGAGGAGGUGGCGGCUGCUGCCCCCCCAGUGCUGGAGGUCCGGGAAUAUCUGGAGAGCGCCCGAAAUGUGGGGCUGUACUGGGCCAUGUACAACAGCCGCGGUGAUUUGGGCUUGGAGCGCAACGGUGCGGUGACAUUCAGGUGCCCAGUGCUGUUGGUGGUCGGCGACAAUUCCCCCCACGAGGACGCGGUGGUGGAGUGCAACGCCAAGCUGGACCCCACCCAGACCUCCUUCUUAAAGAUGGCGGACGGCGGCGGCCAACCGCAACUGCGCCAGCCGGCCAAGCUGACGGAAGCCUUCAAAUACUUUGUGCAGGGAAUGGGCUACA